UACGUCCCAAGCUGGAUUCCGUUGUUUGAGGCCGCCUGGGACAUACGCCACUGCCGGCUCGGGAGAUCAACGCCAAGAGGGAAAAGACAUCAUGGAUCCAACUCCAGCCAGUCACAUUCUUCAUAGUGGAUAUCAUCAUCCUGUGGCCAGGAGCUGGCAUCAGAUAGAAGCUUCAAUCCAUUCUGAGAACCUCAUGUACCCCCUAUUCAUUGUGGAUGACGAUAAUGCCGUCGAACCGGUGGCGAGCAUGCCCGGAGUCGCUCGCUAUGGAGUCAACAAGCUCGCGGAAGUUCUAAAACCUCUCGUCGCAGAUGGUCUGUCGUCUGUCCUCCUGUUCGGAGUCCCCGGAGGCGAGAAGGACGGGCGCGGCUCGGGAGCCGACCACCCAGACAACGCCGUGGCUAAGGCCAUCAGGGUGAUCAAGGCGUGCUGUCCGUCGCUGCUGGUCGCCUGCGAUGUGUGCCUUUGUCCGCACACGUCUCAUGGCCACUGCGGUAUCCUGAACGAGGAUCAGACCAUCAACAACCCUCCGAGUAUCGCUCGCCUGGCGGAGGUGGCUCUGUUCUACGCUCGCGCUGGCGCUGACGUGGUGGCGCCGUCCGACAUGAUGGACGGCCGGGUGGCGGCCAUCAAGUCGGCGCUGGCCUCCGCCGGCCUGGCCUCGCGCUGCUCGGUGCUCUCGUACGCCGCCAAGUUCGCCAGCGGCUUCUACGGCCCGUUCCGGGACGCGGCGCGGUCUGGCCCGGCGUUCGGGGACCGGCGCCACUACCAGCUGCCGCCGGGCAGCAACGGCCUGGCCCAGCGGGCCGUGGCGCGGGACGUAGCCGAGGGCGCUGACAUGCUGAUGGUGAAGCCGGGCAUGGCAUACCUGGACAUCGUGCGCCAGACCAAAGAUCAGUUUCCGCAGUACCCUCUCUUCAUAUAUCAGGUGUCCGGGGAGUAUGCCAUGCUGCACCACGCGGCCAGCCAGGGCGCCGUCGACCUGAAGGUGGUGCUGAUGGAGUCGCUGAUGUCGAUGCGGCGCGCAGGUGCUGACGUCAUCAUCUCCUACUACACACCGAAGGUGCUCGGCUGGCUGAAGGGGCGGGACUAAAUGACGUCAUCCGGUGCCUGGCAGUUGGACCAAUCCAAGGCCACUGCCCGAGCAUGGGAGAGGACGACAUUAGGAUCAUGGUGAUCAGUCGGAUUUUGGAUUAUCGCGUAAACUGGGCACUGCCAGUCGCUGUCAUACUGUUUCUUCGCAUAUGCUUGACUGUGAAAAAACCACAGGUAGCAAACAAAGGCAAGAUCUGAACUAUUUAUGUUAAGAUUUAUGCAGUAGCCAUUGACGUCAUAUUUACGACGAUCCCAGUUUGAUUUUGUUUGCACGCGGCGUUUCUUUCGACCGUUCGUGCCCAGUGCGUGGCGCCGCGGCCGUAAUAUUGUUUGUUUUGUUUUUUGUACCGUCGUAGUGGACACGGAGUGUGUGAGCAGGAUACGUAUAAUUCGUGCACUUUUUCUGGAUGGCAAGCAGGGGCUUUGGUGGUUUUGCCCGAGGCCCCUGGGGCUAUUAUGCCAAU